UAGCUCCACGAUGCCCAUGUCCGUCUUGCCUGCCCGUUGACAGCGCUAACGCAUCCGAAAAAAAUCUUUAAACGAUGCAGGUCCAGGAGGAUCCAUCCCACGGGCCAGCGUCCAGGGCUCUGGGAGUGGCGGCGACUCGAAGUUUGUUGACUGUGGACACAGUCCGUGAGAUCAAAGUUACUUAAACCGGGUGCCGUCUCUGUUGUUCAAUUUCCCCUUUUUGAAAGCAAACGGUCAAUCCUUUUCAACUCUCUCUCUACCACCUCGAGCAGGUCUCUGAUCAGCAUCAUUCCUUUGCUGCAAGAACCAACGUGUCGACGUCACACCUAUACAGGAUCACUCCUUACAAACACCAAGUCUAACAGACCCAACUAUCCUUACCGCCAAGGAAAGAAAACCAAACCGCAAAUCAAAAUGCAAUUCAAGAACGUUGUCGCUGGCGCAGCAGUGCUGCUUGCCUCUGCUCAAACCACUUUGGCCCUUGGAUCCGCCACCGUCGUCAACAACUGUGGCUUCCCAGUCUACUAUACGUCUGUCGGUGCUGGUGCUAACGCUGCCAUGCAAGAGCUCUCCGAUAGCUACACUCAGGCGUACAGCAACGAGGGUGACGGCUUCUCUAUCAAGCUCUCCCCCAACGACACCACUUCCGGAUCCGUCUCCCAAUUCGAGUUCACCUGGGCCAACAACAAGAUCUCCUAUGAUCUGUCCAAUAUCAAUGGCUACCCGUUCUCUUCUGGUGGUAUGGAAAUCGUGCCUUCCAUGCAGAAUGACCCAAGCAACCCAUCCUGCGUCGUAGUCGACUGCCCUGCCGGAGAAUCAGUCUGCUCCGCUGCCUACAACGCCCCAGAUGAUACUCGAACCAUGGUCUGCGAUCAGGACAGCAACCUCGUCCUGACCAUCUGCCCCGGCGGUUCAUCUAAGCGCAGCGUCGAGCUCAUCGGAAGCGACAUGCACUACCGCGUGCACGCUCGCCACCUUCCCAAGCACGCUUAAACGGCGCCUCGUCAAUCAAUGAUCAAAUGAUACGACCCCAACAAGACAAGUCAUAAUAUGCCGACCUCAAAGUUUUCCACCUCUUCCAACUUGGCGCAGCGAGUCCUGCCGCCUCCUUUUCCACUGCCUGCAAAGACGCUCUUUUACGACAUCCCCCAUGAGUCGACACAUGGACAUAUGUCAUCACCCUUGCAGCAGUGCCCGAUCUCGACGAUCAACCCACCCCCUUCCAGGACCCGACGAGAGGUCUUCACCGUGGAAAUACUUAACGACAACGACGGCAUAUUAUGACUUGGCUACGAAACCAAGAAAUCUCAUGAGCACGAAUCCAGCAAGUAGGAAACCUGAAGUCAUGUCUAUGAUCUAGCAAUGGCGAUGGUGGAGCACGU